AGAGCUUUUUUUCAGGGUUCUCUCAAUUUUCUUAAACAUAAUGUUGUAUGUGUUGACUAAUCUGUUUUCUAUUUUUAGGUUAUCAUUAAAGGGCUCGGACCACUGCAAGUUUCGCACUCAAAACUAUCAUUGACACUCAUUGUUGCUUUAUCAAAAAUAUUUUAUAAUUUAAAACUUACAACUUGGUGUUUUGUCAUGCUUAUUCUGUUGUGAAAAUGAAAGCCUGCUCGCCUCCAGUGCUUUUUUCUUUAUUUUGUCAAAAUGUAUUUUGUUUAAGUAAUUUAUUUAUUUUUCAGUAACAUGCAAUGUAUCUCUUUCACCAAUGCAGCCUUCAAUGUCAGCGUUUUUGAUGUUGAUUGGAAUGGACAGAGAAACGAUCGUAUAUUCACAGAAGCUUCAGAUGUUGCAGACUUUGCAUGAUUCCCUUUCCUCGUGCACGAAUGUAUAAGACGGGUGUUACACACACAAUAAAACAUCAUUUAUGGAAUUUUGCAUGCUUCAUUAUUGCUCUGGCUGUUUGUUGUAGCAGUUCUCUCCAUUCUAUUCAUUGUAUUAUCGACAAUCGGACUUACUUUAAACACCUUACCAGCCCUACAAGACAAAGGUAAAGAUGGACAUGUAGAGGAUAACCACAAACUUGCUGUUGUAGAAGCAGUUUGUAUCACAUGGUUUACACUAGAAUAUGCUUUACGCUUCAUGUCAGCCCCCAACAAGUGGAAAUUUUUUAAAGGAGGCCUGAACAUCAUUGACCUCCUAGCAAUUUUGCCAUAUUUCGUGGCCUUUCUCAUCGAAUCAAACAAGCAGACGGAUCAGUUUCAAGAUGUGAGGAGGGUGGUGCAGAUAUUUAGAAUUAUGCGUAUUCUUCGCAUAUUGAAGUUAGCGAGGCAUUCAACUGGCCUCCAAAGUCUGGGCUUUACACUGAGGAACAGCUAUAAAGAAUUGGGUUUGCUUAUGCUCUUUCUAGCCAUUGGAGUCAUGAUCUUUUCAAGUCUUGCAUACUUUGCUGAGAAAGAUGAGAAGGAGACUAAGUUUACCAGCAUUCCUGAAACAUUUUGGUGGGCAAGUAUCACAAUGACAACAGUCGGCUACGGUGAUAUUUACCCUACCACUCCUCUAGGGAAACUAGUUGGUAGCAUCUGCUGCGUCUGCGGUGUGCUGGUCAUUGCUCUGCCCAUUCCAAUCAUUGUCAACAAUUUUGCAGAAUUCUAUCAGAACCAGAUGAGACGAGACAAAGCUCUUAAGCGAAAGGAGGCUAUUGAUCGCGCCAAAAAAGAAGGCAGCAUCGUGUCAUUCCACAGAGUCAAUCUGAGAGAUGCUUUUGCAAAAAGCAUGGAUUUCAUUGAUGUUUUAGUGGACAGUGGCCAUAAUGAAAGUCAGAUUGACACCACUAGCAUUGGGGAUGACUCUGCGCGACUUCACACAGGUGCAGGAUGUUACAAAAACUUUGACCACUCCUUGGAUGGAAGUAUAGGAAAUGUUCAACGAAAGAACUCACAGGCGCAAUCGUUGCCUUUAGGAGUCAUGAUAGCCAAUCCUAAUAAUCUACUAGACAUACAGGGCCAGCCAUCUGACAGCAGACUCUCAAACAAUACGCUCAAUCAUUUGAAUAGCUCGAAUAUACCACCUAGUUAUCAACAAGGAUAUAUUUCUUCGGAUGUAAAAGAUUUUAUUGAUCAAGAACCAUCGACUCAGUGCGACCUACUGAGCAAUAUAGAGCUUAAGACUAUUAACAAAUGGGAUGUAAAUAGUAUGGAAAGUUAUGAUACCUAUGCGACUUGCAAUUCUCAGCCUUGUGCCUCACUCGCUGAUUUGUCUGCAGACGAUCCUUUCACCGCUCGGCCACCACCUACCCCACCUAACCAGAACAUUAACUCCAGCAAUUUGUACAUUAACCCCAUGGAAGACACAUCUCAACCAGCUCAAAUAGAAUUACGAAAUGGCUAUACCAUGCAACAACACUUUUUCCCACAACACUCACCCAUUGGGAAAUCUUACAGUUCUUCCUCUACAGACAGUGGUAGUUGUUAUGAGGAACCUACUGGAAGGACUCCUGAUGGUUAUUCAUCCCUACCCACCUCUCCUGAUCCCAGACAAGAAGGACAUUCAUCUACACCAGCAUUGACCACUAAAAAACCCUGGUUCUUCCAAGUUAGGAAGCCUAAAACUAGAUUCGACACUCCCGAUGCCUCACAACACAGUUUGCAAUCAUCUUUAGAUUCUGUUACGAGUAACAACAGCUCAAGGCAGGGCAGUGGUACGUCAUUGGGGAAAUCUAGAUUUGGCCUUAAACCAUCAUUUUCAAUGAGAGUUAGAAAAAAUGGGAACAAGAGUCCAUUACUUGGAGGAUCGUUAGAAAGAGGUUCGUCCAUGAAGAAGUUCAAUAGUCCAGAUACAUCUAAAAAGAGAUCAAUCUUGAAAAAAGAUUCUUUGUACAAAGAAGAAACGGAAAAAUUAAUAUCUGAUCAUAAAAAUGCCCCAGAUUACUCAGAUAUGAUUAGUGGAAGUGCUUUUGUUCCAAUAUCAACAUCUAAUAUUCAUGAUCCAUUUACAUCUUAUACAUCUUCAGUUCCUUCUUCUAAAGCUUUAAAAAUUGCUGGCCCUAAAACAGGUUCAAAAUCCCACGCACAACCUAUUAAAUUUGUUGGUUUAGAUGACGAUUCGGAUUCUGCAUCGGGGAGGGGAUCUCCAUCAUUUAGCAUAUCUCAUUGCCCUGAUUCUACAUUGUUGAGUAGUGGUAUGCAAAGACAUCAACCCCUUAGUCCCUCUCUAUCCCGAACUUUACAAUUCCCUGAUGGAGCUCCAGACAGAAGGCACGCUUUUCAAGACAGUGAUUUCUUUGCGCAACAAGACGUGGCUCCUGUCGACGGCUCCACGACAUCGGGAUCCCCGGCGCACGGUGGUCAUAGAAUACAUAGGGUGCCUUCCUAUUGCGCCAAUACCUCUACCUAUGGCCAUGGCCGAUCCUCUUCCCCCGCAACUACCGUUGUUGCAAACACAACUGCAACACCUGCCCAGCCUUCAAAAAGUGAGCUUGCCAACUCUGUUGUGGGAUUGCCUUUGCUCCUAGCCACAGUGCCAAUUGUAAGCCCCAUCACAUCCUCAACCACAAAUAACAACCCUUCCUCCUGUGUAGCUCAAACUGAUGACAAAACAGCUCUGCAGCCAGAUGCAGUGGUUGAAUCCCACCGUCCUCCUCUAUUAGCACAAAGUUCUCAACAGUCCACUACAGAUGAUGAUUCCGUUUUUGGACAUGACCAUCAAAGCAUUAUGAGCCGGCAGUCAUCUAAAGACAGUGCUACUUUAUCAUGAUUAUUACUUUGUGGAUUGCUCUCUGAGGAUAUAUCAAAAGCUGAGUGUUUUCUGUGUACCAGUUGGCCAUCUCUCUUUAGUAUUUAUUCAUUAUUUUUCUAGUCCUGAAUUUAUAUUUUUAUAGUCAUGUCUUUAUGUGUUAUGCCUUUAUCUGAGAGUGAUAUGAUUCUAUAUAUUGCUUAUUCUAGUCAUAUUAAUGAAAUUUAUACAUAAUUGUCCUCUUCAUUUUAUUAUUAAACAAGUGAGUUAAAUAGCUACAUUAAUCAAGCCGUAUAUUUUUCUGUUCUAAACGAUUCUGAUUUCUUUACAUGUGUUAAAUGUAGUUGCUGUAUUUUGUGAAAGUUCAAUUUAUAAACUAUUAAGAUUCUUAAAUUCCGAUAAAUACUAAAAUAAAGUUGGCCACUUGUUGCAACUGUAAAAGAAAUAAUGUAUUUUUGUAAAAGAUCGAUGUUGUCUCGUGAUUGUAAGGAAUUAUUAUAAUUCACUUUUGUUUUUUGAAAAGCUAUAAAGUAAAAUCUUUUUAAACAUUACAAUUAAUGUUUUUGUCUCGUGAAAUAAAAAGAAGAAAUGGUUGUGAAAUUGUUGUUGUUUGAAGAUGUUUCAUUUUUGUAAAGGAAAUAAAAAUGGAUGCCAAACAUUUGUACAAUCUACUCAAACGAGUUUUGUCAAGCAUCACAAAUUCAUAUUAUGAGUAUUUUAAACGGGUUGCACAUGUUUUAUUGUGUCGGAAGCCUUCACAUUCCAGAGUGUGUGUUGUUUAAAUGCAGUCAAAAAGCACAGAUAUAUCUCUCAUAUGAUACAUUUAUGAGCAGUUUUUUUACUUCAUUUGUCCGUGCCCAGGCUUACUUCAUAAUCCAUUAUUGUGUCAUAUACAACAAUAUGCUUCAUUUCUUUUGCCAUCGAAUUUCAUUUUAUCAAACUAUUAACAUUUUUAAAUAUUUUUGACCCUCUAUUUAAUAUCUAUUUAAGUUUAGUUAAAAUGAGUUUUAUUCAUUUGAUAAAAAAGUUAGAAGUGAAUGGCGUAUAAUUGAAAUGCAAUGUUAAUCCUAUAAAAAGUUAACGGUGUAAAAGACAGGGCUCUUCAAAUAAAUGAAACCCCAGCAAACUGUUCCUGCUAUUUAAAUUUUUAGAUUUCUUGUCUUUAUAAUUUUUUGCACGUUAAUUAUUUUAAACGUUUAACAUAAUUUUGAAGCAUAAAAAGAUUCAUAAUGUGUUAUGAAACUGUCAUAACAACAUUUUUCAUCAGUUGUGAAACGAACAUGCCAGUUGUCCACCCAAAGACUACAGUUGUGCUAAUUACGCGAAUUUCUCACUGUGUAAAUGAAUAGCACUGUUCUGAACCUAUGCACAUUUCAUGUUUAAUUUUUGUUGCUAUUUGACUGCAUAUCUGGGGCUUCACUUGUAUAACAUCUCUUAAUACUCAUAAAUAAAGAGUGCCAUGUAUGUAUAAAUGACUCACUUGAAUGCACUUUGUAAAGCAAUAUGAUAUGUAUGUUUAAAUUCAUCAUUCCAAAUAUUGCUGAGGACGAAAUAUUGCUUGUAUGUAUAUUCUCGCAAUUAUAGAUUGCUCACAAGAUAUCGUCCUUUGGUGCUCUUCUGUGAAAACAUACAACAUAUACCCGAUCUAAAGGAUGCAGGUGGGAACAGCUGAUAAGACUUCAAAAUAUUCUUCAGAUCAGUGCACUAAAAGGUUGCACAAGUCUUUUCGCGUGAGGAACUAAAAAUCAAACUGCAUCUUUUUGGGGGACUUCUGGCAAAUCAUCAUCAAAAAUAAUAAAGUAAGCUAAUGGUUGUUCCUGCUUGCAUCUGCGUCUCUUUUAAAAGGUGCUUAUGGUAAGCGAUGUUGCUUAGCUCUAUUUAUUAGUUGCAGGAGAUAUCGUCACACUACAGUUUAAGUCCGAUUUUAAGAUCUGUCUUGGUUGUCUUUAAUGUUGCAUGCAUUGCCUUUGUAGAUGAAACUGUAAAUUAGAAUCCCUCAAUCAAGAAUCUCCUGUUGAUGUUGUAUAUAACUGCUUAUAAACGAAAGUUAACACAAUAGAAUUUAGUCAACAUUCCUUAAAUUUAAUAUUUAAGCAGCACUCUGCAUGGGUCCCUGUAAUUCUAAAAAUAAACUUUAAACUCGAUGUAUUUUAAACCAUUGAUAACUUUUCUAAUCCAUCUUUUAUUUUCUUUCAUUCAAAAAUUAGUUCUAGUAAAUGUUUUAUUUUAAAAUGAGUUAAAAAUAUUUCACAGCACAUUGAAAAUUAACAAAAUCAGCCAAUCACACUUAUAAAGUGUAAUUAUCCUGUAGUGAUAAUAUACUCUUCAAAAAUCGAAAUGAAAGUGAUAAAAGUUAGAAAUGAUAAAAAAUUGUAGCUGUUAUAUUGCAUUAUGUGAUAUAUUAAAGUAAACAAAAAAAUAUACUAAUAACUGUACAAAAUGUGUAGUUUGUAAAUUAUUCUCAGAAUUUAAUAUUAGGUACUGAUUGUUGUUUAAAAAAAAAAAGGUAGUUAUUUCACACUUCUGAGAAGAAUAGUCUUAUGUAAAUUGAAAAUUUUUUAAAGUGGUGUAGUUAAUCAGGAAAUACUUUUAACCAUGAUUAUUUUUAUACUGUUAAAAAAAAUUAAAAAUUGGUUAUAUUUGUCAUUUUCUGUAUAAAGGAAGGUUUCUACUACUAAUAUUUUUACUGUUAUUAUGAGGGUUAUUUAUCAUUAUAUGAAGAAAAAAACAUUGAAAAAUGAAAUUAUAUUUAUUGUUUUGUCAUGGUUGCUUGCAACUAGAAAUUGUUACAAACCAAUUUUAUAUUUCUUUACUGUAAAUAUUAACUACUUGGUAUUAUUCUUGGCUUUAUGCAAGUAUUUAAAUCGCACAUAUUUUCAAAAAGGAACUGUUACAAA